AUGGCAAUGAUACGCUCCAAAGCUAUUCAAUACAGUUACUGUGUAAUAAAGUUUUAUUUCUAUACUGCUGUAGGAGCAUCAGUCAGCAUGUCCGGAGCGGUGGGUCUGAGAACAGACUGUGAGAGGUUACUGCAACUCUUCACAGAGACCAACAGUGUCAGAUAUGAACAGUUCUCAGCACUCUGGAGGCAAACCAACUUCUCUCUUAUCCACUAUGGUAGAAAAGAAGCAAGGGAACAGAAAGAGUUUAUCGAGGGGGCCUUCCAGAUAGUGCAGAACUUCCUGCUGCCUCCCUACAGUUUCCAGGUCAGAGUGGGAGCCUUAUACCUCCUGUAUGGACUGUACUACACACAACUCAACAACCCUAAAGUCAAGAUCCGUAUGACCCUUAAGAUGUGGUGUGAGCUUCUUGUGUUCCACCAAGAAGUGACGGAGCAGCAGCACCUUGACGUGGACUUCAUCUUCCGCACCUUAAGGAUGGACAAGGCCUUUCUCUUCACAGCCACGCCCACUCAGCUGAUUUUUGGGACCAAGGAAAAACUCCCUGAUGAUGAGGACAGAGAAAAUGACCAGCUGAAAGAACAACAGAGCAUCCUGCCACAAGUGUUAGGGGACUCACUGGAGCAACUCCAAGAUAUCCAUGAGAAAUACCACAACAUGAAGUGUGAGUUGGGAGGAGGGGGAAGACCAGACCCUUCCCUGGGGGUGGUGAAGACCGGCAUAGCUGAGUCUAUUGCUGAAAAAAUCCACAAAUAUGAAGAGUGGAGGAAAACAACCAAAGGAAGGAUGGAGUCCAGGGAACGGGCAUCACGGAUUGCCCAAAUCAAGGGAAAAUCUUACGGCACAUUUGCAAAGCUGCCUAGUCACAUACGUCACAUGAAGCAGGACCCACCAACAACAACAUCAGAAGAUGACGAGUGGCUUCCGACUACUGGUAAGAAAAGGGGGAAGGCAAAGAAGAAAAGACAGCAGAAGACUCCGCCACGAUGCAAGUCUCCUACCCAGAAAAUCAGGGAGGAGACCAGACGACUGAUAGCCUCUGCAAGUCAGCCGACAGCCUCGAGCAGUGAGGAAGUGACGGCAAAGAAGAAACCGACACCAAAAAAGGGCAAAAAGAAACGUUUGCCAAAAAUUAAAGUCAAAGUGGAAGGAGGGAAACGUAGUAAACUUCAAGGAAAGAAAAAAGAUGGUAGGAAGAGACAGAAGACGAGUGAAAGUCUUGGUGAAGGAACAAGUAGCAUGUCUGAUUCACCAAAGAAGAAGUCAAGGAAAUCACCCAGGAAGACAAAAAAGAGAAAGACUUAGAGCUGAUAAGGUGAUAGAGUAUGUUACACUAACCAUGAAGAUUUGGAGAGAUGUACAGAAUAGGGGAGAUAGAAUAACAAGUUGAUGGUUGUGGAAGAAAACUGACAUAUGGUAAACAAAGCAACCAUGCUGAGAAUUUGAAAGUACCUGAGAUGUAAGGUACUGUUCCUGAUUUUCCUUGGUAUCUCGAUCUAUGUUCACUGUUUUCACAGUACAUGUACUGUGAAUUUACCAUUGCCAUAUUGGGGAAUUUAUAGUAGUAUAGUUGUCUUUUAUCCCUCUCCCACCACCUGUGAAGAUUAAAUUCCUUGAACAUGUCCAUUUUCCCUAGAUCAGAAAAUUUUGCUGAUGCAGCCAGCCUCAUCAGCAAGAGGAAGGUGACAUGUUGCAAGGUAUAAAUGAUGGAUGUUUCUGUCUCAUGUUCCGUUUUGUUGCGUUCCAGUUCAGAUUAUCAUGAGAUUUCAGAGGUCUCACUGGUCAGUAUUUGUGGCAUGGAAUAAUAAUGAGUGAUUCCAGAAGUUCUUGAAGAGGAUUAGAAUAUACAAUUGUCAGCCUAACCCCUUCCCACUAAUUGCUUUAAUUACUACAGAUACUGGGGUGGGGCAUAGUAUGCUUAUUUACCCUGUGCUUAACAGAAGUGGAGGCAUUGAUAAUAUGGUAAAUUACAUCAAGUAGAAAUAAAUGAAUCAGACAAAGUGCAUGGAUAAUAGUUGGAUGGCUUUAUUGUCUCAGAAAAGGUUGUUUAUUGUCAAAAACUGAUGGUCCUUUUCCACUAGAUGAUGUCACUUACUAAUCCAAAAGCUCGUGUGUGUGUGUGCGUGCGUGCGCGUGCGUGCAUGUGUAUAAUAUCUACAUCUGAAACAGUGUUGCUAUUAUAUGACAUUUGUAACCUUUUCAAAAACUGUCAUUUAGCUAAUAGUAUAUAUGAUAUUUUAUUGCAGAUUUUGUACUGUGGAGCUGUGAAUUCACUCC